UGUCUCCCGGUGACCGAACACAAAGACAAGGGGGCAGCUGCUCCUGUCAAGAAGGAGCCUAAAGAGAUCUCCUUUAUUGGCGUAAAGAAGAACUUGAACUUGAACAUAUUUCUCAAGCAAUUCAAAUGAAUGGGGAUCGGACUAAGUUUGAUGUGGAGGUGUUGAAGCAACUUGUUAAACUCUUACCUGAGAAACAUGAGAUAGAAAACCUGAAAUUCUUCCAGGGUGAAAAAGACAAGUUGGCCAAUGUUGACCGAUUCUACAUCUCUAUCCUGGCUGUACCAUGUUACCAGCUGAGGAUAGACUGCAUGUUGCUGUGUGAGGAGACGGCCUCAGUACUGGACAUGCUCAAGCCCAAAGCAGAGGUGGUUGAAUCAGCAUGCCAGUGUCUCAGAGUGAGCACUCUCAUGCCCAGUUUCUGCAGGCUCAUCCUUGAUGUGGGAAACUUCCUCAACUACGGAUGUCACACAGGAAACGCUGAGGGCUUUAAGAUCAGCUCCCUGCUGAUGCUAACUGAGACUAAGGCCAACAAGAGCCGCAUUACCCUGCUCCAUCACAUUCUGGAGGAAGUAGAGCUGAACCACCCAGAGCUGUUGUACCUCCCUGACGACAUUGAGAUUUGUGAAAAAGCAGCUGGAAUCAACCUGGACUCCAUUCAGGCAGAGGCCAGUGCCUUACUCAAUCGACUGAAAGAAGCAUCAAAGAAAGUCUCUAACUCUGUGGACGAUGUAAAGCAGCAGUUCACAGAGGUGUUUGAGAAAAACCUGGAGGCCUGCCGAGAUUUGGAGGACAGUUUUUUGGAGAUUGUGAGGAAGAAGGGUGACCUGGCCCUCUACCUGUGUGAGGAUGUCAACAAUCUUUCCCUGGAGGAGCUCUUUGGCACCAUCAAGACCUUUAGGGGACUUUUCAUCAAAGCCUUAAAAGAAAACAAAACCAGAAAAGAGCAGGCUGUGAAGGUGGAGAAAAGGAAGAAGCAGCUUGAGGAGGAGGAAUCCAAAAGACAGAAGGGGGAGAAUGGAAAAAUAAUCCGGAAAGGACCCUCGCCACAGGACGAUGGCUGUAUUAUCGACCACCUUCUUGCUGACAUCCGGAAAGGCUUCCAUCUCAGGAAGAUGCGGCCCAGGUGCGAAAUGGAAAGCCCCCCCUCUAGUGAAAUGAAUAGGAAAAUGGGCCAGCCUGGAUCAAGUGUCAAGCCUGUAAUAGAAGAAGCCAAAGCCUCUGUCUCAGAAGCCUCUAGCACUCCCAGUCAAACUCAACCCCAGGCAGAGGAGAGGGCCCCAAGAGAAGGAAUGAACGAAUGCCCCAGCAAACCCCAAGAAAAAACAGCUUUUUCCAGCCUUCCCACAACCAAUUCACCAACACAGGAGAUUCCGGGAAUGGGUGUCCUAAAUAACACUCCAAGCAUCUCUACCUUCACAGAUGCAGACCUGCCUGAAAUCAACCUGAUGCUAACAGAGGACUUGAUGCCUGAAUGUCCACAGAGCAAUGGAGAGAGUCACCUUAAUGGAGCCCGCACACUUCCUGUCACUGAUAUGGACAUGAUGAUAGAGAGUAAUGGUGACAGCAACCUGAUUGGAAAAAACAUUGGCCAAGAUGAAGUUGGAGGUAAGAGCAGCAUUAUGAUGGUAAAGACUUUAGGACAAGAUGAGGCUGGGGAUGACAUGAUGGUGAAGAUGGUGGCACAGGAUGAGGGUAUAACUAACGGACACCCAGACACCAAUGGUAGCCCAGACACCAAUGGCAACACAGACACCAACGGCAACGUACCUAUGGUCAGUGCUGCAGAAAGUGGACCGGCGUACGAUGUGCCCGAUGGAGUGGACUCUGAAGAUCUGCUCUCAUCAGUGUCCAAAGCUCUGCCUGCCUCUGCAUCUGAAACCUUAAAACCAGAGGAUAAAAAACAGCAGAAGCUCUUUAGAAGAAACAAAAAGAAGAGUAAUGAAGGUAAUGUAUUCAUUCAUUCUAAUAAAGAUCAUGUUUGGAACUGUGGUCUCCUGAAGUGUUUGAGAGUCCAGUUUUUUUGGUAUAUGGUUUUAUUGCAUUUUACAUUACAUGUUCAUUUUGUACUGUUGCUUUAGGUGUGAACUUUAACAUUUUAGCAUGAAUGUACAAUUUUUGGAAAACCGAUCUUAAAAGCCUCCCAUUUACAACACCUUGAGUCCUGUCAUGAUCAUCAAGUAGUUUGUUUUUGGUGUUGUCUUUUUUCUUUGACUCUCUAAAACACCAGGUAACACUGGAAAUGGACACCCUAAAUGUAAAAAGGGGUGUGUGUUGCAGUGAGGUAGGUCAAACAACUGGUUUGAAAACUAACUGGUGCAAGCAGGAACAUUUUAAUCAACCCAUCAGCACCAAGCCAUGAUUUUAAUUAACAGACGUGUGUUGGCCUAAACAGGGUCUGGUUUGACCUGAUUUGUGUCUUGUCCUGCUUUUAACACUUUCUUAUUCAGUAAAAAUCUAUCAAAUCCCUGCUAAUCAAAUUGUAAGCCUGUCAUCAUGACUCAAGAUGAACCACUUUGUGUGAGACCUCUCUUGGCCACUACUUUAUGCACUCUUUAUCAGCCUGAAUCAUAGAGUUUUAUCUUACAAAGACAUACAGUAGUUAGCCUCAAACUGACACCUCUUAAGUGCCACAAUUGAAAAAUCAUUAUCAUAUCCAAAUUAACUUCACUGUAAUACUGAGCUUUACAACUUGUGACGGCCUCACCGGGAAGACCUUCCUCAGCACAAUUUUCUUUUUUUUUGUGGAGUUUUGCUGUCAUGUUUUCUGUGCCUCCAUACCCCUAUGUUACUAAACUGUCCACCCUCACAACAACCGAGUUAAACUACUAAUGCAAUGCCUUUUUUGUGCUUCCUGUAAACUGUGUCCUUUGUAAGUUUGACUUUGCUGAAAGCUUUAAUGAUCUUGAAAUUGAUGGAACCAACAGCACUGAAUUUAAUUUAAUUUCCAAAAUAAUUGUAUUCAUCAGAAACAUAAAACUGUCCAUUCUCUUCAAUGCCAAGAUCCACCAAAUGCAGUCUUUGGUCUCCCACUUUGUUUGAUAUUAUCUGCAUACUAUUUUAAGUAAUUGGUAUGUCAUUUGAUUUGUUCACUCUAUUAAUUUUACUAUUUAAUCUCCCUAGGCAAUUCCCGGAAAAGGAAGUCAAGAGGGAAAAGAAAAUGUUGUUGAUUUUUCCAUACAUGGUUUCUGCACAUUGUAAUGGACUACAUCAGGGGUAGGCAACCCUGUUCCUGGAGUGCCGCAGGUCCUGCAGGAUUUUGUUCCAACUAGGCACCAUACCAGGGGUACGUUUAGUUCGCUCAAACGUUUGCUACAUUGUGAACGGUUUGUAUUGAACUACACGUUUUCCCAAAAUGUUCUUGUACUUUCUUGAACAGACUUUGAGAUACGUUUGCUCCGUUCGGUGAGUGUGCUGGGGUGUGGCUUGAAGCAACGAGUGAUGUAUUUAAAGGGACGCUGUGCGUUUGAACCCACAACCCAACUCCUCCCCGUUUGUCAACUGGUUGUUCAGUACAGCAUCGUUUCCAUUCAAUUUAAUGUUCUGUUACGUUUUUAUGUACUGAACACAGCCCUGACCAACUGAGCUAAUUGAUCAAUUUAGUGAUUGCCCCCAAUUUAUCACACCUGGUCUUCCAGGUCGGUUAGAUUUGUGGCUCUCCAGGACCAGGAUUUCCUACCCUUGGAUUACAUUAUAUUGAACUAAAUUGAUUCAUCCAGGAAGAUAUCAGCAUGGUCUUCCUUCCUUUGAUAAUUUUGAGUUCUUGAAACAUUUGUGAAAUAAACAGGAAAAACUGCUAUGGUUCCCUGGCCAGGUUGAUUUGUAUUCUACCAAGAGGCUGUUGUGUUCCACAAGGCUACUGUUUUUAGUCUCUGCACAGCCUCAAUCCCAGCAAAUUUACUCUGUCCUUGCAACCUGGUCUCAGAGCAUUUCGUAUUUUUCUGUACGUAAAUCCAAGGCACCAUUUAUUAUUGUAUGUUUCUUAUGGUAUGUAUUCAUUUGUGGAUGUCCAUUACCCGUUUUGUAUGAUAUUUUACAAAUUACAAUUUGUAUUAUAUGUUAUAAAUUUACAAAAUGUACAAUAUGUUACGAAUCUGUGAAAGGUAUGAUAUGUUACAAAUUCUGUCUAGCUGGCUAACAUUAGCUAGGCUAGGUGUUAAGGUUAGGGUAAAGUUGAGGUUUAGGAGUUAGGUUAAAGGGAUAAGGUAAGGGUUAGAGGAAGGGUUAACUAAAAUGGUUAGGGGGAGGGCUAGCUAACAUGUAAAGUAGCUAAAAUGUAGUAAGUAGUUGAAAAGUUGCUAAAAUGCUAAAGUUGUCCGUGAUGGGAUUAGAACUCAACCUCUUGGGUUUCUAGACGUUUGCGUUAUACCACCCUGUUUUUGACCAAAGUAACCGUCUGUCUUAUGUAACCAUACCUAACAUAUGGUACUAAUUAGACUGUCCUGGAUUUGAAUCUACUAUGUUACGUCUAGUCUAUGAGACCAGGCUGGGUCAACAUUCUGUCACUUUAGGUGUUCUAUAUUGAAGAAUAAAAAGUGUAUGUACUUUUU